AUGAAUUUGUGUGUGUUCAACGUCGAGGCGGUCGGGAGUCUUCAUAAUGAAGACUAUGCGCCGAACCGAUUGUCGCACAUAGUAGAAGCGAUCCGGACCAUUCUGAAGACAAAUUAUUACACGUAUUAUGUGGUGAUCAUUCAAGACGCCACAUCGACUUUGGCAAUAUCACCCACUAAAGAUCGGACUGCCAUCGACAAACUCGAAAAUUUGAAGACGACCUCCGCCCCUCCACACCCGUUUAGAAGCUUGCGACAAUCACUUUUUGUCGCAAGACAACAAGCUUGGGACUCCGUCCAUAUCGUCUCAUUCAUUUCUUCGGAAGAAGCACUUUCGGAUGUCGUCUUACGACAAAAUGAGUUGCAAACCCUUCGUAACUUCCAUAUCCACUUCGUUCUUCUUGGAGACGUUUUGACUCCUACUAGCCACACUAGAACGUUGGUCCGAUCGUUGGCUCGAAGACAAUCGCGCGGAUGGACCGUCACCGAAAACGACUUAAACAAAAAGCGGCCUUACGACAGACUCUUAAUGAGAAUGUCCGAAGGCAUCGCUAUCGUCCCAAGAAGAAAACCAAGAAGACAAUUCCCACAUAUGAAAGCAGGCCAAGUCCCCUCUGAAUCUAAGGCUGGCAAAUUCAUAUCGUGCAAAAUUGUCUCCCACCCAACAGAUGAUAAAGUCAUGAUGAUACCAGUUCCUAUAGUUUCAAGACAACAAGUUCUAGCCACUUUACAGUGUGGUCGAUGCACAAUUAAAGACGGGAAAUGCGUUUCUUCAAACGAAAUUGGCACUCUCUGUUUUGUUGAGUUGUCACCAAUUUUAUUUAAAGUCGUUUGGAGGACAGAAAUCGAUUUUGAAGGUAUGACGAUGUUUUACGGCGAGGCGACAACAAGAAUCGUCGAGAACGGUAACAACCAAUUUCUCGUGAUCGAUACAAAACGCGGAAAGGAAAGCAACCAGUCUGUGUAUUGGACAACCAGCGGAGCCGAAGAGUUCAGUGAGAUCAUGGAGCUGGCAAUGCAGCAAGAGAUUCCUCAGAGCUACACAAAGAUCAUGCAAACGAUUUGGGAUGACAACAAACAAACAUUGAUAAACAUGGAGGAGAAGUACAUGAACAUGAAGAAAGAGAAGGACAUUGUGGAUAAGGUGGAUGAGGAAUACACUAAGUCGGAAGAAAGUCGCGAGAAGGCCGAGGUGAACAGAGUCGUCAGACACGACGACAAAAAGUCCGAGGGUAAGGAGAGCGACAACUGA